AUGUCCAACAACAACAAUAAUACAAGUGGUUACGACGAACAACAACAAAACAUCUCUUAUGGUGAUGAUGAUGAACCACAUCAAUCAGCUGAAAUAAUAACCAAUACAAUUGACGUUAUUCUGGAUGUGAAUGAACACAAUGAAAACAAGGCUAUUUCAUCUCAUCAUCAAGAAGUAGACACGAUUCGUUCUGCAGCAAUAGUGGAAGCAUCAUCGGAAACUAUGGUCCCCAAUCAUAGUAGUGGUAAUAAUAGUAAUGGCAACAACGACAACAACAACAACAACCAUAAUUCCAUACAUCUUUCUAUACAACAACAACCAACAUCAACGAUUUUGUCAGGAAAUGUUCAGAAAGACACCAAAAGUACCGAACCAGUGAACCCAACCCCCUUGACGAGUGGUAUCACUAAUGACGUGGCACCAUUUCAUGCGACACCAACCAAAAUUACUCCUUCCAAAUCACUUGCCAAACCGGGUUCAAUUUCCUCGUCUUCACAAAAACAAUCCAGAAUCAGUCUCGACAACAGCGAACUACAUCGAAUCAGUAGAAUAGCUCUUUCCGAGAUUGAAAAUAGUAGCCUCUUGUUACAACAGCAAGAAGGCGAGGAAUCGACCAAUGAGCCUCCUUUUUCUCCUCCAACCAAAUUAAAUUAUUCUUCACCCCAACAAAAACCUUUGUCACAACAUCAUCCUACCUCUUCCGCUCUUCCCCAACAACAACACAACUCUACACAAUCUCCUUUAAAUAAUCUUCCUUCUCACAACAACCACAACAAUAAUUUAUAUACUCGUUUGUCAGCACUGCCUGAUGACCAUAACUUGACUAACAAUGAUGAGAUUACAUUGUCAACCACAAGCAAUUUCACAACCAACACAUCGAUCACUACCUCUUUGGCAAAUAGCUCUGCACGAAGUAAAAUUGAAGAUGAACAACUUUUAGAAGCUUGGAGAAAGUCAUAUAAGAGAAGAACAAGCAGAGCAGGAAGUAUAUAUGCAAAUUUUAAGAUACAAGACGAUAUGGCCCUUAUUGGACUUCAACCAUUUCCCUCAACAGCGUUACCCAUUGCAGAUCAAUGGAAAAAUCUACCUUCUAGAUAUUACUAUAAGGACGAAGAUGUUGAGGGAACUUUUUCAACACAAGGAAGAGUCAAACAAAGCAGAAUUAUCGUCUCAUCAACAAACAAAAAUAUUCAUGUUUCAGAGAGUUCUCUUGACAUUGGAUCAAUGGAUCCAUGUCUUGAACCUGUGACUUCCAGUACAAAUGCUGUAGCCAUGACUUCAAAAGACUUGGGAUUUAGCAGUAGCAGUGACGAGGAGGCACAGGAAAUGAAACGACAAAAAUCUGAAAAUAAGGUAAUGCGAAAAGCUCCCUCCAGGAAUUUACAUAUUCAAGUGGAGAAAAAUUCUCCUCUCGUGUCCAGCUUGUUGCAGGAUGGAAAAUCUCCAAAAAAAUUGGCAACAAGCACAGAUUCACUUUUUCAUGACAAGAACCAUUCCACUAUCGUGUAUGCAUCUCCACUUAGUGGUACCGCUUCUGCAGCAACACCACUGCCUUUCAAGAAUGAGCUCACUCCAACACAAAUACCUUCAAUUGUGACGGACAUCAAUCAAGAUCUCAACAUUGUAAAAAGAUUACCAAAACCAAAAGGUCGUUUUGUUAAUCACAUACGAGAAGAAUCGUUGUACAUUGAAGAUACCGAAGAUGUAGAAGAGGAUUAUGUAGUGAAACAAACCGACAUGGAAAUGAUAGAAAAUACCAAAGAAAAACCAAAACAAUCCGACACAUACAAUGUGAAUUACUAUUUGAGCAUGAAACCUGUGAAAGAUAUUGUGAAUAAGAAUAUUGUAAAACCACUAAAGAAAUCAGAGGAUGAAGAUUUUAGCGACGACGAAGAUGAAUCGGUAGUGACUGCUCCUCCCACAAUAACAGAGACCAAUGGUACGAAAACAGACGAAGCAAACAAGAAAAAAUUCGAAAUUAUUUACAUUAAUGACCGAGAGCAGAAUAGAAAUUCGAGAAAACAUUGGCCAUCGAACUACAUUCGCACUACCAAGUACACAUUAUUGACAUUUAUUCCAAAGAAUCUCUUUGAACAGUUCAAGAAAGCAACCAAUAUUUAUUUCCUCAUUUCUGUGAUUGCAGUACUCCUACCAGGCGUGUCACCAGUUUUUCCAAUCACCGCUAUUAUACCUCUUGUAGCCAUUGUUUUACUGCAAAUGAUUAAAGACGGUAUAGAAGAUUUUCAGCGCUACAGACAAGAUCGAAAAGCCAACAAUAUCAAAUGCAGAGUUAUUAGAAAUGGAGCUGUGCAAGAAAUUAAAGUCAAAGACGUGGAACUGGGAGAUAUAGUUCUGGUGAGCAAAGAAGAGGCCUUCCCGGCAGAUUUAUUAUGUAUACACUCAUCAAGAGAAGAUUCCAUGUGUUAUGUGGAAACUUCAAAUUUGGAUGGAGAAACUAACUUGAAAACACGACGCUCAUUGAAAUCUGGAAAAUUCUUACAUGACAUUCCCGAGUAUACAAUCCAUAAGGAGCUCAGUAAUAUUCGAGGACAAUUGAAAAUAGAAGCAGCAAGUAGCAACCUCGACACUUUUGAAGGAAAAGUUAAAAUCCAUGUAAAAGUGAGAGAAGUCAGAGAGACAUUGAAAGAGUCCAUUUCGAUGGACAACUUACUUUUGAGAGGAUGCUGCCUCAAAAACACCAAACUCAUUUACGGUAUUGCCAUUUAUGUUGGAAAGAGUGCCAAAAUGAUCAAAAAUCUUAAGGAAAAUAAGGUCAAACGUAAUUCUCUAGAGAUUGCACUCAACAAGAUUUUAUUUUGUUUGUUGAUAUUACAACAGGCCCUGUGUGCUGUGGUUGCUGCACUGUCAGGAGUGUUUCAAACCAAUUUCAGCAGACAUGCAUUUUAUUUGAGACCAUUAGACUCGUCUGAAGCAUCUUUUCUUUCGGUCAUGUCAAGUUGGCUUACUUGCUUUGUCAUGUUAAACUUGAUGAUUCCAAUGUCUCUAGUGGUCGGUAUGGAAAUUCUAAAAACCUUCCAAUCGAAAAAGAUAGAGUCAGACUCCAAGAUGACGUACGGCAACUUUAAAGCGGAAGUUAAGAGUGCUAGUAUGAAUCAAGGACUUUCAAAGCUCGAUGUCAUAUUCUCAGACAAGACUGGAACUCUAACACAGAAUGAAAUGAAAUAUUCAGAUUCGUGGGUGGGUGGUUUGUAUUAUUCUGAAAUGAAUGCUCCUGGUAUGAUGAAAGAAUACUUGACAAAACACCCGGCAAGCAAUGACGAGCCACUGGUAUCAGAUACUGCAGCGUAUCAUGCCUUCAUGUUGCGAGAAUUUUUACUUUGUCUCUCGUUGAAUCAUUCUGUCAUUCCAGAACGUGACCCAAAGAAUCAUGAUAACAUUGUUUAUGAUGGUCCAUCGUCUGAUGAAAUUGCUCUCUUAGAGUGCGCAAGAAAUAAUGGUUUCAAAGUUCUGCAGAGGACCAAUGCCGGUAUUUUGCUUGAAGAAAUGGGAGAGAAAAAAUUUUAUGACAUUAUGGCAACUUUUGAAUUUUCAUCAGAUCGAAAAAGAAUGAGCGUGGUGGUGAAACAUCCAGAUGGUAAAUAUGUUUGUUACUCAAAGGGAGCAGAUACUGUGAUGAUUAAGAGAUCAAGAGCAAGAAAGCACUUUGUGAAUGAUUUGAAGGUUGCUUUGGAGUCCUUCUCUAUGAGAGGACUUCGAACUCUGGUGUGUUCGAGAAAGGAGCUUUCCGAAGAAGACUUUAAUGUAUGGUUUGAAGGUUACACCAAAGCAACUCUUUCAACCAAAAAUCGAGAGAAACUCCUUGCUCAUAGCGCUGCAGACAUGGAAAUUGAUUUACAACUUAUAGGAUGUACAGCUAUUGAAGACAAGUUACAAGAGGAUGUCGUAGAGUCCAUUACCUUUCUCUCUAAAGCAGGUCUGCAAAUAUGGGUUUUAACAGGUGACAAAACAGAAACAGCUAUUAAUGUUGCCUAUUCUACGAAUGUUCUCCAAAAAGAUGAGACCAUUGAAAUACGUAUUCGUGAUGCCUGUAAUCAUAAACACGUUAAGAAAAAGAUGAAAGUGGCAUUGGAAUUUUUGGAAAAACAAAAGAACAAACACUUUGAGUAUGCACUCAUUAUUGACUCCAAGUCAUUGGACUUGGCCCUCGAAAAGUACGAGAAACAAUUUUUGAGAAUUGUCAAAUUUGUGAAGAGUGCUGUGUGCUGCAGGUUGAAACCAUUGCAAAAAUCAAGAAUUGUGAAACUCAUUGAGACCAAACUCAAGAAGAAAGCUCUCGCGAUUGGAGACGGAGUUAAUGACGUUGCCAUGAUUCAAGCUGCCUCCAUUGGAGUAGGAAUUCAAGGAAAAGAAGGUUCUCAAGCCUCUCGUUCUGCUGAUUAUUCCAUUCCUCGAUUCAAAAAUUUGGUUAGACUCAUUGCAGUACAUGGUCGAUAUUGUUGUGUUCGAAAUGCUGACUUUUUGCAUUUGAGCUUCUACAAGAAUAUCAUGAUCGUAAUGCCACAAAUAUUUUAUACUUUCUUUUGCGGAUUCACGUCGGCAGUCUUCUUUGAAUCAUGGGUUCUCACCAUGUUCAACACGAUUUAUUGCUUUUUCCAACCUCUGAUCAGUGGAAUUUAUGAGGAAGAUUUACCAGAGGAAGUGAUUUUGAAACAUCCAGAAAUUUAUGACUCUCUCAAACGAAAUGGAAAUCUUUUCAAUGCUCGAAGUCUCACAUUCUGGGUGUUGACUGCCGUCUAUCACGCCUCAAUUAUAUUUUUCGGAGUGUUUAUCAAUUACAUGUAUGGAUUUGAUAUUUUAGAAAAUGGUCCUUCAGAUGUUUAUCAUUUUGGUACCAUCAUUAUGACUGCAACCAUGACCGUAAUUACUUUUAGAUUUGCAUUGGAAGUUAAAACUUGGUCGUUGCCUAUGGUGAUAUCCAUUUGGGGAAGCUAUCUUUCUUACUUUGCAUUUGUAGUCAUUUACACACCAAUUCCAAAUUUUUUAGGAAAGGGAACUUUCUUUUUCGUGUAUUUCCAUACUUUCCUUAGUGUGAAAGCUAUUUUGGUGACUCUAAUGGUGACGGGAGCGUGCCUCGUUCCAGAUUUAACGUUCAAAUUUCUUCGAUUUAAUUAUUUCCCUCAUGAUUACCAACAAUUACUUAUUGAUUACAAGAGGGAGAAGGAAAUUGAACGACAAGCCCAAAAGAAGUCUAGCUCUAAAAUUGAACUCAACCAAUCUCUUCAAAGUGACCUCAAAGACGCAUCCACCAACAAGGAAUCCAGAGUUUAG